AACUUUGUUGUUACUAGAGAAGAGUCACAUAGCAAACAUAAGUAAGAGAGACGACUAGCUUUAGCCAGAGAAGGGAAAAAAAAAGCCCAUUUAAAAUUAAAAUCUGUGAUCGCAUAUAUAUAUUUCUUGUUUGGAUCUCCAGCAAGCAUCUGUAUAUUGUGUUCUGUGAAAGCCGUGAUUUGAUAGUGAAAGAAGAGAAGAAGGUUGAAGACAGACGAAAUCAAUUCAAUUGGCGAAACCAAUGCUUCUUCUUCUGGUGGAAGUUUGAAAUUAGGACAUCUUUUUGAGUGAGGAAUCUUGUCUGCUGAAGAGGAUUUCAGCUCUUUUUUUUUGCUCCUUUUGUUGUUGUCAGAUCCAAAAAAAAAAACUCAAAGAAGAUUUGACUCACUGAUUUGACAAAAAAAGAGUAGAAGAUUCCUUGGUAGUGAUUGGAUUUGGAUUCUGAGUGGAGAGUUUCAUGUGAUUCAUUGGAAGAGGGAGAAGAAGAAACAAGUCUGUCAGUUUUGUACUCAUCUGCAAUUAAUAAUCAUCAAGGGAGAGAGUCUUUGCUUCUUGUCUUGAUCUCCACCUUGGUGGGGUGGGGGGCAUCAGCUAAAUAAUGCAAACCUAAAAGUCCUCCUGGCUUCUUCUUCUUCUUCUUACUAUCUUGUCAUCUCUCCAACAUUAAAGUACAAGUUCCUCUGAGGAUCGUGUUGUAAAGAGAUAACCAAAAAGAGGCUUCAAGAAAGUUUUCUUAAAUGAGUCGUCUACAGAAGCAGCGAGGGAAGCCUGUUGUAGUAUCUGAUGGAGCUGAAAAGGUUAUUGUUGCUGUUAAAGCCUCUAGAGAGAUUCCCAAGACUGCUUUGAUUUGGGCUUUGACUCAUGUUGCUCAGCCUGGUGAUUGCAUCACCCUCAUUGUUGUUGUCCCUUCUCAAAACUCCGGAAGAAAACUUUGGGGUUUCACUAAGAGCUUCCCUAUGUUUGCUGGGGAUUGUGCUAGUGGUCAUCGGAAAUCACAUUCUGAAGCACUUCCAGAGAUCAAGAGUGAUCUCACUGACACUUGUUCACAGAUGAUUCUCCAGCUUCAUGAUGUCUAUGAUCCAAAUAAGAUAAAUGUCAAGAUUAAGAUUGUUUCUGGAUCUCCCUGCGGAGCAGUUGCUGCUGAGGCUAAGAAAGCGCAAGCAAACUGGGUAGUACUAGACAAGCACCUCAAGAACGAAGAGAAACGGUGUAUGGACGAAUUGCAAUGCAACAUUGUGGUGAUGAAGCGUUCUCAGGCGAAGGUUCUGCGCCUAAACUUGGUUGGAUCACCUAAGAAAGGUGCUGAGAAAGAGUCUCCUCUACCAAUCAGACCUCAAGCAGCAUCUGAAAAACACAAAAGCAACGCAAAAGGUUUGUCAGAUUCCGACAGAGGACUACCAGUAACUCCAACCAGCAGCCCUGAGCUGGGGACACCAUUCACAAGCACAGAAGCUGGUACUACUUCAUCAGUGUCCAGCUCUGACCCGGGAACUUCACCGUUUUUCACUUUGGGGAUGAGUGGAUACAUGAAGAAAGAUGGAGCACUGGUCAUCAAGGAGAACGAUGACUCCGGCUCUGAAACAGAGAGUGAAAGCCAAUCAUUAGCGUCGACUAGUAAGAGAUUCCAGCCAUGGAUAUCAGAGUACAUCGGCACACAUCGCCAUUCAUCUCUAGACGCUGAGGAAAGCCUAUGGAAAAAUGAAGACAGAGCUCAAAUAUCCACCACAAAGGCUUUGCUUGAGAAGUUCACUAAACUAGACGUAGAAGCUGGACUGUCAUCUAGUCGAAGGAUGGAGCUUGAGUUCGGUGGAAGCGUGAGAGACGCAAUAUCACUCUCUCGAAACGCUCCUCCUGGCCCGCCUCCACUCUGCUCUAUCUGCCAGCACAAGGCGCCAGUGUUUGGGAAACCUCCAAGGCUGUUUUCGUAUGCCGAGUUAGAGAUUGCAACGGGUGGGUUCUCGCAGGCUAACUUCUUGGCUGAGGGUGGAUAUGGAUCUGUUCACCGUGGUGUGCUACCGGAAGGUCAGGUGGUUGCAGUAAAGCAACAUAAGCUAGCAAGUUCUCAGGGAGAUGUAGAGUUUUGCUCUGAAGUGGAAGUUCUCAGCUGUGCUCAGCAUAGAAACGUUGUUAUGCUGAUUGGUUUCUGCAUUGAAGACAGUAGACGGCUCUUGGUCUAUGAGUACAUAUGCAAUGGUUCACUUGACUCCCACCUAUACGGUCGACAAAGGGAAACACUGGAAUGGCCAGCACGGCAAAAGAUCGCUGUUGGAGCUGCAAGAGGUCUAAGGUAUCUUCAUGAAGAGUGCAGAGUUGGCUGUAUUGUCCAUAGAGACAUGCGUCCUAACAACAUCCUCAUCACUCAUGAUAAUGAGCCAUUGGUUGGAGAUUUUGGUCUAGCGAGAUGGCAGCCUGAUGGGGAACUUGGUGUAGAGACACGAGUGAUAGGAACAUUCGGCUAUUUAGCUCCAGAGUAUGCUGAGAGCGGGCAGAUAACAGAAAAGGCGGAUGUCUACUCGUUUGGGGUUGUUCUAGCUGAGCUAGUCACUGGACGCAAAGCCAUUGAUAUUACCAGGCCUAAAGGCCAGCAGUGCCUCACUGAAUGGGCGCGUCCGCUACUGGAAGAUUAUGCGGUGGAUGAACUUAUCGAUCCGAGGCUUGGGGACCGUUUUGUAGAAAGUGAGGUCAUUUGUAUGCUUCAUGCAGCUUCGUUGUGUAUACGUAGAGACCCUCAUUUGAGGCCACGCAUGUCUCAGGUGUUGCGUAUACUGGAAGGAGAUAUGAUAGUGGAUGGGAACUACGGAUCAACUCCAGGUUCAGACGCAGGCAACAGAAGUGGGCGGUUCUGGGCGGAACAUUACAGCGGUCAGAUAACGAAAGAUGGGUAUGGGUCGGGUAGGUUCAGUGAAAGGGUGUCUGUUGAAACGCCAAGACUAGCUUUACGGGAGAGGGAAAGAGGUCAGAGAUUCGAACUGAACAAGCAAUACUAAGAUGGGUAAAAUCACAUAACUGUGUCUUUAAGAAAAGUUCAAUUGUGUUAGGGGGUAUUGAGGAAAGUCUCCCCUGUUUUGUUUUCAGUGAUGUGGUCCAAAGCUGGCAAGAAAGCUUUUUCUGACCCUUUUUGUUUGUAUAGUGGGUAAGUUGCAAAAGAAAAGUUACCAAAUAUCAAGGAAUUUGAAUUUUUUUUUGGUAAAAGAAA